UCUCUUAUGUCUCCUACAUUGGCAGGCAGAUUCUUUACCACUAGAGCCGCCUGGGAAGCCUGUUAAUAAGUGAAACGCCCUCAAAACAGCUUUGUAAAUGUUGACCAUGGUUAUCAUUGUGUAGAUCACACUCCAUUUCAUCCUCACUACAACCUUGUGAGUUAGGUACCACUGUUCCCAAUUUACAGAUGAGAAAACUGAGACCCAGAGAGGUCGAGAGAGUCAGGGCAGGGCUCUGCAUCUAUUUCUAUGGCCCGAAUCCUUCAGAGAGAGGAUGUGGCUGGGAUGGGGUAUAACUUUGAGCCUCUGGUUUGCAGCUCUUGACUGCUUCUCAGAGGGCCCACAGGACUCCGGGCCAGGUGACACCCUCAUCCCCACCCUUCCUCCCUGACUCAGACCUUCCAGUGGCUCUCAGGCACCACUGUGCUUACAGCCAGCCCUGGGAGGGAGGGUAAACAGCGAAGAAGGGCCUUUCAGUGCCAUUUUGUUUGCUAACAUCCAGGAUACAUCCCUGAGUACCAGAGAGAGCUCCUGCCUGCUCUAGCCUAGCUGGAGACCCCGGAUGACCUUAUAUUCCUGGACAAGUCACUUCCCCACUCGGCCACCAUCUCCCCAUCUGUACGAUGAGGCUGAACCGGUGGUUUUCUGAUUCUCGUUAUUUGCAGCUGGCUCCACUUUGAAAUGAAAUAUUAAGGACCAGUGUUCGUAGGCAGACCAGGCAGACACGGGGUGAAGUAGGGCCUGGGCGUAGACUCCCUUGGCUCCCAGGACCUCAGAACCCAGCUGAAAGACCCCAGGCCGCAUCCUCCGAAGGGCUCCCUCGGCUCUGACACCGCAGGAUUCCAGAAUCGCGCGCAGCUCAAAGCCGCCACUUCGCAUCCCUGUUUGGAAAACUCUCCCCCCCACCUUGCCCCCCUCCAGCUGCUUUUAUCUCUGUUUGGUAACACAGCAAAUUUGCUCAGGACCCAGAGCAGGGGAAACAAGCAGUCUGUUGACUCUUGAGCAAAACCUCCCCUUUGGAGAGCAACAGAGGUGGCUCUGGCUGUGCGUGGGGAAGCUGAUGGCCUCUUGCAUAACCCAGCGGGCUCCUGCCCACCCAGGCCUUUUGCUUUGCAGGGUUAGGGGUGAGGCAAACCGCAAACUCAUGCCCAGUUAAUUUUUUAAGGCAAAAUCAACAGGCUCAGCAAUGAUUAGCGAGUAGGUAAGUUGGUCUUAAUCAUGCUGAGGAGAAGGAGGAAGGAGGCUUCCAGGGGCCCAAGGAUGGGGCUUAGUUAUCAGUUAACCACAUAAAUGUUUCCUUCCAAACCCACUGGCCUUCAGCCCUCAGCUUCCUCCUCUUCCUCUCGGAAAUAUUGAGUUGAACAAAAAGUUCAUUUGGGUUUUUCCAUAACAUCUUACAGAAAAACCCAAACGAACUUUUCUGCCCACCCAGUACUUCCAGAGCAUCCCAGCGAGUGGCCAUCAGUCCUUGAGUGAUCAGACAGCCCACCCUCUGUGGUCCGGAGGAGGCACUGCCAGGGCCCUGGAGCGCUGCAGUGAAGCAAAGGGCUCCUCAUGGGUCUUGUGGUCUUAUUAAGACCGAGCUCCCCCCAGCCCCCAUCCCGCUGCCUCUGCAUGAUCUUCAGCAUGUGUCCUCCAUCCUCAGGGCUCAAUGAGGGGCCCUGGGUCUGUUCAACGGCUGCCACUCCCCUGGGGACCUCAGUUUCUCCAUCUGCCAAAUGGGUGGGUUGGAUGAGACACCCUGUCCAGUCUUGAAGUUCCGUGACUGGGUUAAACCAACAUGGCCUGUGCUCAGGACAAGGAGAGUGGGAUGAGCUGUGGUUUUAGGGAGUAUGAGGGGGAGGAAAGAAGCCAGGAACAGGGAGGGGGCCUACCUGGUAUCUGCUGUUGGUACCAGCCAGUGACAGAUCCCAGCUCCAGGAAGAGGGCUGUCCUCUCAGGUGGGAGGCACGGGUCCCUGUGGGGUGGGCUAGGGCUGCAGGGAUGACCUGACAGACCCCGGUUGGUGCCCUGAGACCUCGAGAGCUGCCGAAGGAAGCCGGAAGGCCACACUGGGCCCUGCUGGCUGCCCAGACUGGAGUUUGACACAUCCCCCUCAGAGGGUGCCAACCUCAACGCACCCAACAGCCUGGGAGUCAGCGCCCUGUGCGCCAUCUGCGGGGACCGGGCCACGGGCAAACACUACGGUGCUUCGAGCUGUGACGGCUGCAAGGGCUUCUUCCGGAGAAGCGUGAGGAAGAACCACAUGUACUCCUGCAGGUUUAGCCGGCAGUGUGUGGUGGACAAAGACAAGAGGAACCAGUGCCGCUACUGCAGGCUCAAGAAGUGCUUCCGGGCUGGCAUGAAGAAGGAAGCUGUCCAGAAUGAACGGGACCGGAUCAGCACUCGCCGGUCCAGCUAUGAGGACAGCAGCCUGCCCUCCAUCAACGCGCUCCUGCAGGCCGAGGUCCUGUCCCAGCAGAUCACCUCCCCUGUCUCUGGAAUCAACGGCGACAUUCGGGCGAAGAAGAUCGCCAGCAUUGCGGAUGUGUGUGAGUCCAUGAAAGAGCAGCUGCUGGUGCUCGUCGAGUGGGCCAAGUAUAUCCCAGCCUUCUGUGAGCUCCCCCUGGAUGACCAGGUGGCCCUGCUCAGAGCCCACGCCGGCGAGCACCUGCUGCUCGGAGCCACCAAGCGCUCCAUGGUGUUCAAGGAUGUUCUGCUUCUAGGCAAUGACUACAUCGUCCCUCGGCACUGCCCGGAGCUGGCGGAGAUGAGUCGGGUGUCCGUGCGUAUCCUCGAUGAGUUGGUGCUGCCCUUUCAAGAGCUGCAGAUUGAUGACAACGAGUACGCCUGCCUCAAAGCCAUCAUCUUCUUUGACCCAGAUGCCAAGGGGCUGAGUGACCCAGGCAAGAUCAAGAGGCUGCGUUCCCAGGUGCAGGUGAGCCUGGAAGACUACAUCAACGACCGCCAGUACGACUCGCGCGGCCGCUUCGGCGAGCUGCUGCUGCUGCUGCCCACCCUGCAGAGCAUCACCUGGCAGAUGAUCGAGCAGAUCCAGUUCAUCAAGCUCUUCGGCAUGGCCAAGAUCGACAACCUGCUGCAGGAGAUGCUGCUGGGAGGGUCCUCCAGUGAAGCACCUCAUGCCCACCACCCCCUGCACCCUCACCUGAUGCAGGAACACAUGGGCACCAACGUCAUUGUUGCCAACACGAUGCCUGCUCACCUCAGCAACGGACAGAUGUGUGAGUGGCCCCGGCCCAGGGGGCAGGCAGCCACCCCUGAGACUCCGCAGCCUUCGCCCCCCGGUGGUUCAGGGUCCGAGCCCUACAAGCUUCUGCCUGGAGCCAUCGCCACCAUUGUCAAGCCCCCCUCUGCCAUCCCGCAGCCGACCAUCACCAAGCAGGAAGUCAUCUAGCAAGUCACUGGGGGGCGGGGGCUCUGCUGGCCCCCCAGGCCCCUCCGAGAGCCCCUGAUGGUCACUGGGUCACAGUGAGGCAGGCUGUGACCACAGGCCAGUCCCCGAGCAGUGAUGGGAAGGGCGCAGGCCCUUGAACUCGGGCUGUGGGUUGCAUCCCACUGCCCCCCUUCACCACUUGCUCUGGAUAACGGGGCUGUGACUUGGGAAGACCCCGGCUGGAAAAUCCUCUGCUGCUUGGACAGCUUUCCUCCUGCUGAAACCAUUGCCUUCCCCUCGUCCUUCGCCCCACUUCUUCACCCCCACAGGGCUGCCGCCUGGAGACCACACAAGCCCUCGCCGAAGCACGGCUCCCUCCCCGCUCAGACUGGUGUAAUGUUGGACACAGAGCCCUUCUGGGCCGGGUCACGUGGCGGCCCCUCCCCCAUCCCUGUUCCGCUGCCACAGCCUCCGCUGUCCCCCUGAGUCAUCCUCGUUUCCCCAAAGCCACCUCUCCAGAGGCCGAGGAAGACGUGCAAACAACACCCCAGUCAUCCCGGGAGCGUUUAAAAAGCACUGACGAGCUCGGUGCAGUGUGGGAGCCUCUCGAGCAGGUGGACACUGUUUCUCCUCUAACCCCUGGCUCUUCCCUUCUUCUGGGACUUGGGAGGGUCCUUUGGGUCAGAGUGGUGGUCCCUAUAGGCUGCUGACCACGAAAGAACAAUCCAGGGUGGACACUGCAGCCAGGACCUAGAGGGGAGGCUAGGAGGGGGUCAGAGAAGGCAGGAAGGGGCGGACUACCCAGCAGGCCUUUAAGGAAGGGCUGGAUUCCAGCUGGUGAAACAAGUGAGCCAGAACAUUCUAAGGAAGACCAGGCAGGGAAGUGAGAAGGAGGCCGUGGAAGGAGGCGAUGAAAGAUGGGGUUGUCUGGAGGAGAGGGGGUGCGCUGGACAGCUGGGGAUCUUGAAUGCCAGAUGGAGGCAUGGCGACUUGGGUCCCCAGUCUGAGUGACUGGAGAGGCAUGUGCAGGGAGCCAAGCUUUCAGAAACUGGAAGAUCACAGUCCUCCAGAGGUCAGAAGUUUGGGAGAGAGCUGGGAGAUCAGAUGGGGCCUGACAGUGUCAUCCAGGUGAGGGAGAUGAAGCUGGGGAUGGAGAAGACCGGUGGGUGAGCCUCAGGUGAGAGCGGCAUCGAGAAGGAAUUAUCCCACCGAGCCUGUCUCGAGCGCUUCCUCCCAGCACUUGACCUGCACCAUCUCCUUUCAUCCUCCUUAUUACCCAGAGAGUGUUACUGAAGAGGGAACUGAAAUCUCAGUGGUUAAAUCAUUUUUCUGGAACUCACACAGCUAGGAAGUGACCCAGACUUGAUCCCAGGUCUGCCAGGCUCAGGCGCUCUUAGCCUCAGUGGUUGAACAUCUUCUCUGGAAAGGCCCCCUCUGUCCUCACUGGGGUUGAGUUGAGGGCCUUCCUGCCCGCUUCAGCAGCCUUGGAAGCCUCAUUCUCCCCAGGAGCCCUGCCCACUCCCAGGACUAAGAUUGGCCUGAGGCUGCACUAAAGUCCACUUUGGGUCCAGAAUCCUGUUUGCUGAUAAACAUGGAGAAGUUGUGGUUCCUAGACCCCUUUUCUAUCUCUUCAGUCCCCAAGUGUGGGGAAGAGGCAUUCAGCAGUCCAUCGCGAGAUGGACCAGUGUGACCUGGUGUGCCGGAAGUGGGAUGGUGUGAGUGGGGGCGGGGGAGAGGGAAGAGGAACUGGGUUUGAGACCUGCUCUGUGAGCAUCACUCAGGGUACCUUCUGAAACCAUUAAACCCCAGAAUCAAGCAGCCAGUACUCAUCCAUGCAGAACUUUAGAGGCUUUGUGAAAAUUCUGGAAGGUGCCACUGGCCAGUGUGAGUUAAAGGGAUGUGUCCUGGGACUAGAACUUAGGGAAGAGAGUAAACAGACUGACUACCCACCCCCCAUGCAGACUUCUGAGUAGAUGCAGGUAGCAUCCCGGUGCCCCCCAAAUCCCACCAUUAGGGACUGCUUUUUGUGAGAGAGGCAGGAAGGGUAUUGGGAUGGGAUGUCCGAGAACAAUCACCACAUCUCCAGUGCUGUCAGAGUUGGGGUUCCCCCUUCCACCAAGCCAAGUCUUCAGUCCCAGGAGAGGCUGUUCCCGGCUCAGAGCAGCCCAGCCUCACUUAGCCACCCCUCAUUCCUGAGGCAUUCCCCCAGAAACCCCAGCCAGGGUGCUCAGAUGGGUCUGGGGCAAGGUAGGGAAGCUGGGGUCAUUUCUGGUCAUUGUCAUUCCCCCUCUUUGCUACCCUGAUCCCCUCGCCCUGCCUCACUGUUGCCCAGACUUCUGCCAUGGGAACAAAGCUGAGAUAAGAAGUUCCCGUAGGGUGGGGUGGGAUAGCUGUGAUUUUUAACGGUAGCCAAUCUUCUGGGCCAGGGGCCAAUCCUUGGCCCCAAAUCAACCUCCCUGGAAGAGAAAUCCAUGCCACUUUAAUAAUUUUAUUGCCAUGCAGGAAAAACAAAACAAAGAGAAUGUACUUUUCUGACUCUAAACUGAGGCCACCACGUUUGAAAAAUUUUUAUUUUCACUACCUGAGUCGUGGUCUUAAAACAUACAAUCCUAUAGACUCAAAGAGGGUUGGAGGGCAAGCACAGACCCUGUAAUUCCUCCACUGAGACAACCUCUUCUCUGGGUGGCUCUCAGUAGCUUCCAGAACCCACACGGCUCUCCUGAGGGUGGACAAAGGGGAACAGGGCCUUGGAAAUGGACGCUCCUCGAUUUCUUGUGAUGACCAAGCCAAUUACCUUCGCCAAAUCGCUCUGUGAUUUGCCUUGAUUGUGAUGAAGUUAGAAAUUCACACUGAGCAGUUCUGAAAGUGGUGGGCUGGCGUCCCGCCAGACUGAUCAGCAUCUUCCCAUGGUGGAUGUCAUCGGGUCCUGUGCUGUCCCCGGAGCCCCUGUCACUGCCACCCAACGGGGCAAAGAAGCAAAAAAGAUUUCUUACUCUUGUCAUUUUAACAAAAGUUUAUAAAAAGAAAUAAAUGGCGCCUAUGUUUUCUAAGUC